AUGGCUCUGCUGCGGCCGCUGCCGCUCCUGCUGGUGCUGGCUGUGGUGUUGUCCGCGGGGGUGGCGCGGGUGAGCGGGCUGUACGAGGACCAGGUGGGGACGUACGACUGGGUGCAGCCGCGCAUAGGCGGGGUUCGCUUCGCCGCGUUCCUCACCUCCUCGCAGCGCAAGCGCGUGCUCGUGGGCACCGACAGGAACGUCAUUGCGGCCCUGAACCUCCGCACAGGGGACAUUGCGUGGCGCCGUGUGCUAGGGGACAAGGACACCCUCCAUGCGCUGGAUAUGGGCGGCAAAUACCUCGUCACCCUGUCUGGCACCAAGGCAGCAGCAGUGAGGGCGUGGGCUGUGCCUGAUGGGACUCUCGCAUGGGAGACUGUGCUGCCACUGCCUGCAGCUGCUGCAGCUGGAGUUGCCAAAUUCAUCACAAUCCCAGCCACUGACGGUUCCUCACCAGACCGAGUGGUGGUCCUCCUUGGAUCAGCUGCAGCAGCAUCAGCACCAGCAGAAGCAGCUGAACCAGAAGCAGCAGGAGUAGGAGCAGCAUCGGAGGUGCAUUGCCUGUCAGCUGCUACAGGCGACGUGCUCUGGUCCGCUACCCUGCCCACCCAUGCCCACUCCAUCUCCCUCCUCCCACACGGCCCCAUCCUCCUUACCAGCUUCUCCCCCUCCCUCUCCUUCUCCCUCACCACUCUCGAUGGCGCCUCUGGGAAGAUCACUGCCUCUGCUGCCUCUCCUCCCUCCUCCUCCGUUUCCUCCUCAUUUCCUCCUCCUGCUGCGUUUGUCACGGCGACUGACACUGCGGUGGCUGUGGAUUCGGCUUCUGGUAACAUCCUUACUGCUGCACUGGUUACCUCUGUUACAGCGGAUGCUACAGCCGAUGUUACAGCUGCUACAGUGCAAGUGCACAGUACCCCCCUUGCCUCUCUCUUACCCAAGGAGCACUACCAGUCAGGAGUCUCUGCUGCUGUGGUGCCAGAGAAAGCUCCAGGAAGCUUCUUCUGGCUGUCUGUGCCAGGAGCCGUGUUUCUCCUGUCGGCAGGGGCGGCAGACGGGCAGGCUGGGUCGGCAGGACAGGUGUCGCUCGUUGAUUCGUUCCCUGGGUUGAGCGCUGUUAGUGCGAGCGUCGUGGGGGGAACACCAGGAGCAGCGGGGGCAGGAGGAGGAGGAGGGGAGGGAGGGGAAGUGGGGAGUUUCUAUUCCGGUCUUGUGGGCUCGCAAGGCAGCAGUGAUACCCUCAAGUUCCACAUGCAGGUGCACCAGCUGCUUCCCCCCUCCUCCUCCCCCCCUGCCCUGCUCUCGGACUCUGUCUCUGUGCCACCUCACCGCGGCCCCCCUGUUCGCGUUUUCCUGAAUGCCUAUGCGAGGGCAGCAGGGGCAGGGGGGGGGGGGCGGGGCAAGGGGGAGAAAUCGGCGGGAGGGGCAGGAGAGGGGAAGGCGGGUGCGUUUGGGUUCAGGCUGCUGGUGGUGGGAGAGGAUGACUCGUUGUCUCUGCUUCAGCAGGGUGAGGUGGUGUGGGAGAGGGAAGAGGCUCUAGCCUCGGUAGUGGCAGUAACAAUAGCAGAGCUCCCGGAGGAGGAGGAGGGGCUGUCAGUGGCAGCAGUGGAGCAUGACAUCUACGAGUGGGCUCGCACACACCUGCUCAGAGCCAAGGCGUCUCUCAAUCUCGGCUCAGCUGAGGAACAGGCGUUGGUGCAUCGCCUGCGCACCGCCUCCCCUGAAAAGAUCAAGCCUUUCCGGGAUAGGAACGGGUUUCGGCGUAUUCUUCUGCUGCUGACCGCGCCAGGUGGGGACAGCAGAGCGUCAGGUGGAAACAGCAGAGGCGGGAUGGGGAAGCUGUUUGCGUUGCAUUCUGGGGAUGGUCGGGUGCUGUGGGCUGCUGCGCUGCCGUCAGGUGGUUCUUCAGGUGGAAUGGGCGCGUCUGUGUUUUCACCUGAAGCGCUGGUGCUGUGGAGGGACCCCCACCGCACGUCACCUGACCAAACACCUGAAGCUCUGGGCCUGCCCUUUGUGCCCCGUCUCGUUGCCCCCUUGCCCCUGGUGGGGAAAGACGAGCGGCGGCUGGUAAUGCUGGUCGAAAAGGUAGAGAGGAACGAGGAGGAGGAACAUAGAGAGGGGAAAGCGGAGACAGGUGGGAAAGGACAGGGACAGGAAGGGCUAGAGAAGGGAGGUGCAGCAGCAGGGGAAGGGGGGAAGGCGCGGCGGUACGAGCCUGUGCGGGUUCAUGUAUUCCCUGGGACGGAGGAGGCAAGGGGGCUGUUUGAAGGGCACAAGAAGGAGGUGUUCUUUUACCUGGUGGAUGCUAUAACGGGGUCUGUGGAGGGGUAUAGCAUUGGAGAGGAGGUGAAGGAGGAGGGUGGCAGUGGUGGGAGUGGUGGGAGGAGCGAUGGUGGGAGGGCCCUGGGCGAUCGCAGCGUGCAGUUCAAGCUGCUUUCCAAGAACCUGCUCUUCCUCGCCACAGUCACCCCUCCUGCUGCCUCUGCUUCUGCUUCUGCUGCUGGAGUGGGGGUGGGAGGGGAGGAGGGGGGAGCGGUGGUGGUGUAUUUGAUUGAUACGGUGGGAGGGCAGGUGGUGGAGAGGGUGGUGCAUGCGGGCAUGCAGGGACCCGUGCACGCGGUCAUGGCGGAGAACUGGGUGGUAUACCAUUACUUCAACCCCGCAGCCUCUCGCCACGAAGUCUCCACUAUAGAGCUCCUCGAUACCUCUCUUAAGGACGUCCCCGUUAUAGACUACCUCAAAUACGGACUCAGCAUCCCUGGAUCGUCCAACCUCACAGCGCCGCUUUCUGCGGCGGAAAUUCCCUGGGAGAGGGUGAAGCGGCUGAGGCAGAGUUACUACUUCCCCUACGCGCUGAGGUGUAUUUCGGUGACUUCCACCCUUGCGGGGAUCACAAACAAGCAUGUGCUCUUUGGUACAGCGCUUGAUCAGGUCCUUGCUCUCGACCGUCGAUUCCUGGACCCCCGCAGGGUGCCUGAGCCGUCACAGCAGGACAAGGAGGCGGGCAUCAUGCCUUACAGUGACUCGCUGCCUGCCCCUGGCCAGGCCUACCUCACCCACCGCUACCGCAUAGAGGGGCUGAGGCACAUCCUGUCCUUCCCCACGCGCCUGGAGUCCACCACCCUUGUCUUGGCUCACGGGCUGGACCUCUUCUUUGUGCGCACCGCCCCCUCUCGCGUCUUUGACUCCCUGGGAGAGGAUUUCAGCUUCGCCCUGCUGCUGGGGACGAUUGCUGUGCUGUCGAUCGCGAUUCUGGUGACCUGGGGGCUGUCUAGGAAGCAGGAGCUGAAGCAGCGGUGGAAGUGA